AUGGGCACCCCGGAGGAAGAGCUAGAGUGGGUAGAUGUGGCAAAUGAGCUGCUCGCAAAGUGUCACAUCGAACAGAAGCUGACUAAACUCACAGAUUGUGACGCCAACGUGUUUAUUAGUCUCUACGAGAACAUCUUGAAAGAGAAGGUUCCAGAUUAUAUAGCAUCACCGGGCAGCCAGGAAGAUGACGUCCAUAAUAUUCAGUGUGUGAUUGAUUCGUUAUCACUGGAUUAUCUUCAGAUCAGUCUCUCACAUAUCACAGGAGAAAAUGUCAUCCGAGGAGACAAAGAGUCAAUCAAGAACCUUUUAGAUAUCUUUGAUGGCCUCUUGGAAUAUCUCAGUGAGGAAAUAAGCGAUGACUCGCAGAAAGAAGGGUCCCAAAGCGUUGAACUCGGAGAGGAUGCUCCCUGUGACAAUGAGGUGCCGACAACCAGCAAUGCUAUUGAGCAGAUGGACACGAAGUUGGAAGGGGUGCAUAUGUCUUCUGAUGGUGGAACGUCCACUGCAUAUUCCAGUAAGGUUUCCCAACAUUCUGCCAAGUGUGACCUGCCGGGCUCAUCCAGCGAGGUCAUCGGGCUCGGCGUUUCAGCAAGGACGUUCACAGAUCAAAAACAAGAUCCGACCAUCCUAACAUUAACCAUGGAUUCAGUGGGCAUCUCUGGUCUCUCAGAGAACCGAGACGCACAUUUGACUGUACCCCUGCACACCGCCAUUCCUUUACAACCACCCACCCAGAGCGACUCUCGUCACCAAACCGACACAGACGCGCACCCUGUUAGCCGAGAUGCCGUCGGCCACACAGUGGAGCAAUGCGAAUCUGGCGGCGUCCAGUCCGCUGAGGUUGAAGCCAAUCAAGUUGUGUGCAAUGGACUGCACUCGCCUGCCGUGAGUGACAGCAGCCAGCAACGGACCAACAUCGGGGCACAGACACUGGAGGCCACUAAAGGAGGCCCCAGGAAGGUCUUAUUCCACACGCAACCAGAUGUGCUCCUCCUCACGCUGCAGGAAGAGGCGUCGGCCACUACCCCGUCACCUCCAGACACAGAGGACGAAGAUCGAGACCCGUGUCCUCCUACCAGACCAGAGAUGGGAGGACUCCAGGAUGAGACUGGCCUUGGAAGCAGCUGUAUGGAAGAAGAUGAUGAGGAGGAUGGGCUUUCUCAACGCAGGAAAAGAAACAGACGAACCGAAAAGGAAUUACACCACAUUUCUGAGAAACUGACCAAUCGAAUUGAUGAACUGGAUCAGAUGCUCAAACGACUUAUGACUGAUAGCGGAGAUGUUUGCGAAGACGAGGAAGAGGAGUCGGACCUCAGCGACGACAUCAUUCCGUGCCGUCGGACUCCCAGAACACACUCUGGUGGGAGUACGCAUUUGAUAUCACGUCCACGAGGUCGUCACUCGUUACCGGAGCACUUCGAGGAUGAAACAGAGGGCAGACAAACAAACAUCCCUCCCGGUACUCUGAGGUGGCAAAGUGAGCCGUCGCGCCGUACGAAUCACAGAAAGAACCGAGCCUACGAGGCGGAGUUGGCAAGAGUAGAAGGCAGAAAACGUGCUGAUCUUGACAGGGAACGACACAAAGCUCAGGCGGCCGAGCGAGAGUACAGAGAGGCCAUACUCCAAGAUUUUCCCAAAGUGCCCAGAAUGAUUCCACAUACAACAAAGUCAAAAGUCCACACCCAAAGCACAUCGGGGCGACUACGAAUACCCAGGAAGAACCCGCCACUCCAAGUGAAGGACAACGAACUCCUGCCCCUGCUUCUGGAGGAACUCCCCUUCCUGCAUAUCUCCUCCCACGAUCUAGGCCGCAUGUGGCAGAAACAGAGGCGGCAGGUGGAACAACUUCGCGCCCAAGCUUCCUCUCGCAAGCAGCAACGCAGCAAAUUGUCCGAUGAGAUGGAACAAGCUCAGAGAAAACACGACCGCCUGGUGGAGAUGGUCCACAAACAGCAGGAGCACAGCAAACGUCUGAAGGACUAUAAAGAGCACAUCCAGAAGCAAAAGUCCACCCAGAACCGCCUAAGGGAACAGCGUCAGCAGAUUGCUCGGGCCAGGAAGUACCACCAGGACUACCACGUCCAGCACCGGGCUCGGCUCAUGAAAGCUCGCAUCAACGAGGAGAAGAUGUUUCGGGAGCUCUUCGAGGAGGGUUUGGAGGUUCAGAAGGCCCGUCUGAGGGAGCAGCGGGCGAUCGCCGCGGAACAACGGCUGGAGCACCAGAAACGACACCAACAACACAUCCAGUCUAUGGAGAACUACUACAAAGACCAAUUUUCACUAUUGGCCGAAAAACUUAAACAAGAGCGACAGGAGAUCCAGAUUCGUAAAAAAGCUCAAGAAAAGGUCCUGCUCAAGAUGAAGCGCGACCUCCGUUCCAAGAUGGAGCGCGAAAUCGGCGAACUGCAGAAGAUAAUAAUCCAGAACGACGAGGACGACCACUUUCAGGAUCUGGAGGUCCAGAGGUUACGCGAUCGAAUCCGCAUGGCGUCUUACCACUGCCGUUACAACUAUAUGCACUAA